AUGGGUAUUGAAGGGGAGGCUCAAGGAAGUUGCAUGUGGAUCGACUUCUUGGUAUGGAUGAAUUCAAUUGAUAACACACAUAAAAAUAUUCCUUCUCUACUUUGUACCUCUCGGCUCAACUGCAUUGCAGGCUUUAGCCUGCAGAAGGACAGUGUUUUAACUAAAGUACACAACAGCAAUCACACUCCGUUGGAGAAUGUCACGGCCUUUCAGCCCACAUCUGAGGCUAAGGAGAUAGAUGCUGCUUCUUCUAGCUCCCUAGAAACUAAGGCUUGUAGUAUGUGUUUGGCUAAUCACAAACUACUCUCAGCUCAUCAAAAAAUCCCAUUCCCGACUUUUGAAUCUUUUGAAAGUAAGCAAAAUGAGAGAUUAUUUACAACAUCUGGCAACACAAGCGGCGGGCGGUUGCCGUGUAAAACGACACCAACUGAGUUCCUGCUUGUAGGAUUCACAGAUUAUCUACCCCUCAGAAUCACACUAUUCUUGUUAUUUCUCAUAGUAUAUACAUUAACUGUGGUGGGAAAUACGGGUUUAAUACUCCUAGUUAAUAUCAAUUCAAGCCUUCAAACCCCCAUGUAUUUUUUUCUCAGCCAUCUGUCUUUCUUAGACAUCAGCUAUUCUACAACAAUCGCUCCUAAAAUGCUGGAAAAUUUCUUAGCUUCCAGGAAUAGCAUCUCUCUCCGUGGCUGUGCGCUACAAAUGUUUUUCUUUGCCUGUUUUGCUGACGCUGAGUGCCUCAUCCUGGCAGCAAUGGCAUAUGACCGUUACGCAGCCAUUUGUAAGCCCCUGCUCUAUCCUAUAUGCAUGUCUAGGAGAGUCUGUGUCUGCUUCAUCGUACUAGCCUACUUCAGUGGAAUUAUGACUUCGAUGGUCCAUGUCUGCCUCACGUUCAGGCUGCCAUUCUGUGGCUCCAAUAUUGUCAACCAUUUUUUCUGUGAUAUCCCACCUCUCCUGACUUUAUCAUGUGCAGACACCCAUAUCAAUGAGCUUCUGCUCUUUGCCUUGUGUGGUUUCAUCCAGACCAGCACUUUCGUGGUCAUAUUUAUCUCUUACUUCUGCAUCCUCCUCACUGUUCUGAGCAUCAAGUCCGCAGACGGCAGAGGCAAAACCUUCUCCACCUGUGCUUCCCACCUCACAGCAGUCACCUUGUUAUACGGAGCACUCCUGUUCACGUACCUCCGUCCCAGCACCAGCUAUUCCCCAGACGCUGAUAAGGUAGUUGCCGUAUUUUAUACUGUUGUCUUUCCCAUGUUUAAUCCAAUGAUCUACAGCUUCAGAAACAAGGAUGUAAAAAAUGCCCUCAAAAAGUUAGUUGAAACUGGACUCCCAAAUGAAUGA